UGUAGUGUUUUCUUCCUCUCAGAAUCUCAGCCGUCUCAGCUGAUAGCUCGUCAUCGCGCGAACAUUUAACAACCCAAUCUGCAAUCUCUAUUUUAUUUUUAGACCAACUCAGUUUCUAUUCAUCUUAGAUGAUUAAAUCCCCUGUCAUUAUCAGUGAAAAUCAUUAAAAAAAUUGACAGUCUGUUUACUAUAUAUUGAUAAAAGCAUUGAUAACAACAAUGUCUAUUUUGCAUAAGAGUGAAGCUGGAUAUUUUAUAUGCCAUCGUAAUCUGUCUGAGGAAAUGUGUGGACGACCGUACAACAGAAAUUUGUUCGAUAUACGUACUCCUUUUUUGAAAGACCGAGAAGCUGCAUCUGUAGCACAAGAAAUGGAAAGUGGUGUUGCAAAGAAGAGGAAGCGUAAGAAAAACCACGAAGUUAAACUAUUACCCCUUGAAGAAUCAUCAGUUUUAGAAUUCUUGUCUGAGCUGUCAAGUUUUUUCAAACCUCCACCUUCACCACUAGAUUUCACUGUCAACAACAAACCUGCUCGUAACAUGGUCACCAAGUUUCUUUCAUCAGUUCCAGGGUUAAAAAUACAAGACACCAAUCUUCAAAUGAGUUGUGUCAACUCAUCAGAACAGAUAAUAGAGAAGGACAUUGAUGGAGAUACUUUCAUUCUCCCACCUCAUAGCCAGUUUUACAAGAAUGACGUUGGCUACCUGGAAAUACUAGUGAAAAGUGGACGUACGUUUUCUCUCAUCGUUAUGGACCCAUCUUGGACAAACCGCUUUGUUAAGCGAAAGAGACAUGCUGGUGGUCCAAAUAGUUAUCAAUCGAUGGAUAACGACAUUUUAGCAACUUUACCCAUUUCAAAGUUGUGCACCCAAGGAACUUUGGUUGUGGUAUGGUGCACCAAUUCUAAGACUCAUCUAGACUACCUUUCAAAUACUCUACUACCUCUCUGGAAUCUAACCUACGUUGCUACCUGGUUCUGGAUCAAAAUUACUAAAUCUGGAAAAUUUGUGUGCCCGUGGAACGGAGCAAGUGGCAAACAUCCGUUUGAACGAAUCAUAUUAGCGCGUAAAAUAAUUCCAACCAAAGGAACAUUGGAAAUCGAACCAGUUCCAGAUAAGAAGUUGGUUGUGUCUGUUCCUUGCGCAAUACAUUCGUUCAAACCACCGCUUCAAAAGCUCCUUCGACCAUUUCUCACGUCUGACAAUCAGACAUUGGAAUUGUUUGCGCGCUCUCUCAUGCCCUACACAGUUAGCUUGGGGAAUCAAGUACCACUUUUGCAGCAUACAAGUUUAUUCGAAGAGAAAAAUGAGCAGUCAUUGUGAUUUUUUCUUUUCCCGUUUGCUCUAAUUCGUUUCUAAGCUUGACUUUCUCGAUUUAGUAUAAAAUAGAAAGUGUGUCUAAGUGA